AUGAUUGGCUGUUGGAUUCGACCUACUCUGUCUGAUACAGGGAAGUGACUGACAGUCGCAAGGACUGGUGCAUGAUUUAUAUUGUUAGUUGACUGCAGUACUACUGUACAUCUGGGAACACUGUCAUGGCGAGUUAUCUUGUCUCGAGGUGGUUUCGUCCCCGUGUGUUCACGCAGCUGGUGUCUCUCCGGUUGGUCCGUGUGCCUCGGCAGAAGGAAGUGGGGAUCAGGCUCUUCUCCAGUGAUCCGCCACGGGAGAACGUCAGUCGCUAUCCGGUUCCGAACAAGAAAGACUUGCCCUUUGACAUAGUGGAGCUGAUGGAGGAAGUUGAGUCAAAGGGAGGCUUUUUGCCCAAUGUCUUCAAAGCGCUUUCUCACAGACCAGCGGAGUUCAGAGCCUUCUUUGCUUACUACAAUGAACUAAUGAACAAAGAGACAGGCGGCUUGACAAAGGCAGACCGUGAGCUAAUUGUCGUAGCUACCAGUACCCACAACAAAUGUCUUUACUGUGUGGUAUCCCACAGUGCACUGCACCGCAUCUAUUCCAAGAAGCCCACUCUGUGUGAUCAGGUGAUUGUUAACUAUGAGAAUGCAGAGCUGUCACCUCGGGAGAGCGCCAUGCUGGACUUUGCGAUGGCUGUGUGUCGCAGCGACACCGUUACAGAGCAGCAUUUCCAGUCUUUGGAGGAAGUGGGCUUUGACCGAGAGGAUGCGUGGGACAUCGCUGCCAUCGCUGCUUUCUUCGCCAUGUCCAACCGGCUCGCCCACCUCACCGACAUGAGGCCGAACGUAGAAUUUUAUAACAUGGGCCGUACGCCAAAGGACAGGAGCAAGGACAAAGGGAAAGGGAAAGGGGAGUAGCAAUACAGACAGGAUUUUGAUUUUUAGGCAGCUCCAGCUGCCAUUCAUUUCUCUUUUACUGUGGGGUUUCCAUUACAUAAAAUCAACCUGAAAUGUCAUAGUUGUUUUUUAACUUCCAUACUUGUGUCGCAACUCCAAAACCUACUGCAGCUCUUUACUUCCUUGUUGAAAAGUUGAGAGUGACCUCGGCUGCUUCAUCCAUUGUUUGAUUGUUUGAUCUUUUACCAGGAGUUGUUCACAGCAAAGAUUGUCUAAAGUUUAAACAUGUAACUGCUUUGUAAAGGCAUUCCUUUAUGUAUUUUUUAAAUAAACUAUUUUUCUUGAUAAUUUGA